CGGAAGGGAGGGGGUGAACCAGCUUGGUUCAGUGACUGAGACAAACUGGAGGUGAGAGGAGCUGGUGCUGUCCACGGAGCUGCUGGUGCUGAACCACUGGACGCACUACCUUUUUGGUGCUCCUGAGCCCUAGAGACAACGCCCUCCACCACCCCUAGCAACUCGAGAAACCUAUCUUCCUAGAACACCCCGAUCAACUUGAUAAGGGAAAAAAUUGUAUCGGACCUGGAAGACUUCUCAGUUCAUCACCUGGACGCCCGUUCAGGCGCUUCAUCGGGAAUUUCUAUAGUUUUCGACCAAACUGCUUUAAUCUCUUUCCCCCCCAGCAGAUACGGUCCGUUGCUUUUUCUUUUUAAAUUGUGUUUUAUAUAUGCACGACCAUUAGGUGAGACGACAACAAAAAAAUUUCCUUGAGGACUUUUAUUACUGUUAAUAUCAGGUGAAGACCAAUAAGGAUGAUUAAGUGCUGGUCAGCGCUUUUGUUUCUUGGAUUCAUUUUUCUGAAAGCAGAAGGAAGGCCAACCAAAGAAGGAGGGUAUGGCCUAAAAUCCUUUCAGCCACUAGUAAGAUUGAGACACAAGCAGGAAAAAAGUCAAGAAAGUUCAAGAAGCAAGGGAUAUCUGAAUCAAGAUGGUCCACUUGUAUCCUGUGAAAAUAAGUACUGUGGCUUGGGAAGACAUUGUGUUAUUAACAAAGAGACUGAGCAAGCUGAAUGUGCAUGCAUGGACCACUGCAAACCUCACUACAAGCCUGUGUGUGGGUCAGAUGGAGAAUUUUAUGAAAACCACUGUGAAGUACAUAGAGCUGCUUGUCUGAAAAAGCAGAAGGUGACCAUAGUUCACAACGAAGAUUGUUUCUUCAAAGGGGACAAGUGCAAAGCUACUGAAUUCAGCAAGAUGAAAAAUAGGUUCUUGGAUCUACAAAAUCAGAAGUAUGUUACACAAGAAAAUGAAAACCCACCUGAAGAUGAAAUAGUUCGGAAGAAGCUGCUGGUGGAUCAAAUGUUUAAAUAUUUUGACUCUGACAACAAUGGGCUUGUAGACAGUAAUGAACUAUCUCAGGUAAUAAAACAGGAUGAACUUGGCAAAGAUCUGUCUGACUGUUCACUGUUUGAUCUACUGAAAUAUGAUGACUUUAACUCGGACAAGCAUCUAGCCCUUGAAGAAUUCUACAGAGCAUUCCAGGUUAUCCAAUUGAGUCUGCCUGAAGAUCAGAAACUGAGCAUCACAGCAGCAACAGUUGGACAGAGUGCUGUGCUAACUUGUGCUAUUCAAGGAGCCCUGCGACCUCCCAUCAUUUGGAAACGUAAUCAUGUGGUUUUAAAUAAUUUAGAUUUGGAAGAUAUCAAUGAUUUUGGAGAUGAUGGAUCUCUAUACAUUACUAAAGUGACCACAACACAUAUGGGGAAUUACACCUGCUAUGCAGAUGGCUACGAUAAACUAUAUCAGACUCACAUCUUCCAAGUAAAUGUUCCACCAGUUAUUCGUGUCUACCCAGAGAGCCAGGCCAGAGAACCAGGUGUAACAGCUAGUCUCCGCUGUCAUGCAGACGGCAUACCCAAACCACAGCUUAGUUGGCUGAAGAAUGGAAUUGACAUUACUCCAAAACUAUCUAAGCAGUUAACUCUUCAAGCAAAUGGCAGUGAAGUUCACAUUAGCAAUGUGCGCUAUGAAGAUACAGGAGCAUAUACCUGUAUCGCCAAGAAUGAAGCAGGAGUAGAUGAAGACAUCUCUUCUCUGUUUGUGGAAGAUUCUGCUAGAAAGACACUUGCUAACAUAUUAUGGCGAGAAGAAGGUCUGGGAAUUGGGAACAUGUUCUAUGUUUUUUAUGAAGAUGGAAUCAAAGUGAUACAGCCAAUAGAGUGUGAAUUUCAGAGGCAUAUUAAACCCAGUGAGAAGCUCCUAGGAUUUCAGGAUGAAGUUUGUCCCCAAACUGAAGGGGAUACAGUUCAGCGAUGUGUAUGGGCCUCUGCUGUUAAUGUUAAAGACAAGUUCAUUUAUGUAACUCAACCUACUCUGAACCGAGUACUCAUUGUUGAUGUGCAGUCCCAAAAAGUUGUGCAGGCAGUCAGCACAGACCCUGUCCCUGUGAAAUUGCACUAUGACAAAUCACAUGACCAGGUAUGGGUGCUCAGCUGGGGAAGUCUGGAAAAGACUUCACCAACAUUACAGGUAAUAACACAGGCCAGUGGCAGUAUUUCUCACCACACAAUACACACCCAGCCAGUUGGGAAGCAAUUUGACAGAGUUGAUGACUUUUUUAUUCCUUCUACAACUCUCAUCAUCACCCAUAUGAGAUUUGGAUUCAUUCUUCAUAAAGAUGAAGCUGUACUUCAGAAAAUUGAUCUUGAAACUUUGUCAUAUAUAAAAACAAUUAGCUUAAAGGACUACAACUGUAUUCCUCAGUCUCUGGCUUACACUCACCUUGGAGGAUAUUAUUUUAUCAGUUGCAGCCCUGACAGUACUGGAGCUAUUCCACCCCAGCUCAUGGUGGACAGUGUAACUGACUCAGUCAUUGGAUACAAUGGUGAUGUUAUGGGUACCCCAUAUGUUUCUCCAGAUGGACAUUAUCUUGUAAGCAUUGAUGAUGUGAAAGGCCUGAUGCGGGUCCAAUACAUUACCAUCAGAGGAGAAAUCCAGGAUGCAUUUGAUAUUCACACUAAUCUGCAUAUAUCUGAUAUUGCCUUCCAGCCCUCUUUUACUGAAGCCCACCAGUACAAUGUCUAUGGCAGCUCAGGCUUGCAAACAGAUGUGCUCUUUGUAGAACUUGCUUCUGGAAAGGUAAAAAUGAUCAAGAGUCUCAAGGAGCCUUUAAAGGCAGAAGAAUGGCCUUGGAACCGAAAAAACAGGUUAAUCAAGGACAGUGGGCUCUUUGGCCAAUACCUGAUGACACCAUCCAAGGAAUCCCUUUUUAUCUUAGAUGGACGACUCAAUAAGUUAAACUGUGAGAUCACUGAAGUAGAGAAAGGAAAUACAGUUAUUUGGGUUGGAGAUGCCUAAAGAACCAAGUUAGAUAACUACUGAAUGAAUAGUUUUACAGUACAUUGCACUUAACUCCAUUCUUUCAAUUUAUGGUUUUUCUUUGGAAGUUUAUAUUCUAACCUGAUAUAACUUAGAUCAUUGGUGACCCAAUGGAAUGUGGAGUUUAAUAUGACAAAGCAAUUAAGAUGUCUCUGAAGACAUACUGAUUGCAAUGAAUAUUAGAAAUAGUGGGGAAUUGUCCAGCUCAUUAAAAAAGGUACCAUCUUUACACUAUAAACUAAUGGUCACAGAGAAAUUUCAAGAAAAUUUAGCAAAUUACAUCAAACCUGCAGAAGUUUCCCAGUAAUUUCAGCUUCUUUAUAUUUUAAGGGCAAUUUAUUUGGGUUAUUUUUUCUUUUUCCUUUUUGUUGUUGCUGUUUUUUCCUUCUUUCAGUUUACUUCAAAUCACAAAUAAAGGUAUGUGCAACCUUAGAAUUAUGAAAUGAAAAGAUUCUGUCCUGUCCACUGUUUAUAUAAUCUUUUUGUGCCUUGAAGGGAAUGUCUCAUGAGGAAAGGGAAGAAUAGAAGCAAGAUAUGUUCUCAUGUGGGCUUUAAACUGAUGGUCCUAGGAAAGAAUAAUACUUAGUCCCUCUUUAGCCAAAUCUUGCCUUCAGUCCCUUGUUUGACCUUUAAUAAAAUAUUCUUUGAAGGCAUAAAUUGGCCCUGGGGUGUGUGUAGGUAACAAAAGGUAUAAUUUGAAAUGAAGUGUACCACAGAGCAUGAAGGGGAGGUAAAAGAAUGGGAUGUGGGGGAAAAAAAUGCUUGCAGUGUCUUCUGUACUCAAAAUGUUUCUAAUCUCUAGAGUAUGGGUAUAUUUUUAUUGCAGGUUUUGUUUGCUGUGUCACCUGCUUAAUUACAGACCUUUUCCUUUAUCAGUAGCCAGUAGCUCUUCAUUUCUUCCUUUUCCAAAUAGCCCAAGGUUUGGAUCAUGUACAUCUACUUAGAAAAAGCUACAUAUCAAGAAAUUAACACCAGAAUGUAUAACCUGGCUAGAAAGAUGAGUUUGUAUUAGGCAUUAGAUGAUUUAGAAAUAUGAUUCAGAGAACAAAAUUGUUAACCCCAUACCCAGUGGUUUAAGGUGUGAUUGGUUUAAGCUGUGAUUGACUAUCCAUUGUCUUUGCUAUUUACCUGUAUUUUCACAGAUUAUCUUUCACCACUUUUUUAAAUCAUUGAUUUAGCCUAUUCCUUUCCUACAUAAUCCCUAAAUAUUCACUCAAUAGAAUGUACACUUUUAGUUAAGAAGUUAAAAACUCUUCUGCUUUAGAACAUCAUAUAGAGGCUCUUCUAUUCUUUUUCUCACUAUUCUCCGUUCUUUAGUGUUCUCUCUAGCUCUGUCCCUAUUGCUCUUUGCCCCUCCUUUAUUUUUCUCACUCUCUUUUUUUUUCUGUCACUCUUUGUCUUUCCGUUUUUUUUUUCAAUGUCAACCUAGUCUUUCAAUCUAUCUCUACCACUAUUUUUGUCAUUCAGUAUAACUUUCUAACAUUUUCUGUCUGUUUCUGUCUCUCUGUCUCUUUGUCUCCUCUGCAAAACAAACAACAGAAGGUUGGUUUAUUGAAAUGAUGACCUUAUUUCCCAUAAUUACAUACAUGUUUAGGAAGUUUUUUUUCCUUUAUAGUUACUUUGAUAAAGAAUGUUUAUGGGCUAUUGGAAUGAUCUCCAUUUAGUAAAGGCAACUAGAAAAGGUCUUUUUUAAAUACAAAAUUUGAUCUGGUUUAGAUUGUGUAAAAAUGCUUAGAAACCUGAAAUUUUAUAGCGUGUAAUCUCUUGUGUGUAUAUAGCAUCCUGCACUACGUGGUACAAUAGAUCUCUCUUUAGCUUGAAGAAACUUCCUGGGAGAUAGAUUUAAUAAACAACAACAAUCUGCUUAUGUUUCUUGUUACUGAAUCUGCUUUCCCUUUUAACAGUUUUUCUCAUUGUGAACAUGAGCUGUUAUUUAAUUAUUUACAAUAGGUUUGUUUCAUACACUCUUCUUCUGUAACUUACAACAUGUGGAUGUUCUGUCUGUAGAAAAAAAAAACUGCUUGAUAAAAGGAGAAUAAACAAACCCCUUACGUUUUAAA